AUGGGAAUUCCCUUUGUUUGGGAAGGAUUAUGUAAGAAGAAGAACCUUUGGUUAAUUUGGAGUUUCGCACUGACUCGAAGAGUGCUCAUCAAUACAAUUUUUACCAAUUGUAUCACUAGUGCUUUCAUUGAGAGGAUGAGGAACGAAGAGAUUGCGGAGUUAAUGAAGGCGAUGGAGACGAGUUUCAAGCAAUACUCCGAUGACCAGCUAGGGAAGUUUUCGGCCUUACUGGAGCAACACAUGGUGACCACGGAGCAACGUCUCUCCCAUCACGGCCAACCGCCGCGGGGAGCGGAGUCACCGACGGGUCAGCAGCGCAGAGCCACGGACAACUUCCAGGAGGUAGGAGGGGAAGGUCAGGGGGAGUCUUCCGGGGCUGACCUGAAUUUCAUCCUGAAGACCUUUAGAGUGGACGUUCCCCGAUUCGAUGGGGCUAACGUAGAUGACUGGAUUUAUAAGAUUGAGAAAUUUUUUUCUCUACACCGUGUGGCACCAGCCAUGCGACUGACGGUGGUUGCUUUCCAUUUAGAGGGGGAGCCAUCCACCUGGUAUCAAUGGAUGGAGAGGGGAGGAGCCUUACCCAGCUGGGAGGUGUUCAUCUACGAGCUGAGGAAAAGGUUCGGUGCUUCAAUCUACGAUGAUCCCUUGGGGAGAAUCUCCAAGCUCGUUCAGACAGGAACGGUUGCGCAAUUUCGGGCAGAGUUUGAGCGCCUAAUGAUGCAGAUAACGGGUGUUUCUGAGGUCAUGUUUAUGAACUUUUUUAUCUGGGGUUUAAAGACCGACAUUCGCCGGGAUCUGUUGAUGUCUCGGCCUCUUUCUCUGGUUGAAGCCAUGGCCCAGACUCAACUUUUUGAGGAGCGUAAUGAUGACCUGAUGGGAAGGGCAAACAGGGACGGACAUCGCGCUACAGAAGUGGGUAUGAGUCGGGUGGGGGCGUCGGGAGGGACGCCGAUGACACGGACGGGAGCGCAGGGCAUGGGGAGUACCUCGGGUUUUUUCAGGGGAGGAGGACCACCUCGAGGAGAAACCAAAUUUCCCAUUAAACGCCUAACUCCAGCGGAGAUACAAGAGAAGAGAGAAAAGGGGAUUUGUUUCAGCUGUGACGAAAAGUACCAUACGAACCACAAGUGUAAGAAUCGAGUAUUGCUCAUGAUAGGAGAGGAGGAGGACGACGGCCACGCGGAGGAAGACCGGCAAUCGCCUGACAGUGCCACAGAGGAGGUUGACAUUGAGGUAAGUCUUAACACCCUGUCCAAUUCUGUAAAUCCUAGAAUAUUUAGGAUCUCGGCCAAACAGGGAACAGAAACUUUAGAAGUUUUAGUGGAUACGGGAAGUAACAAUAAUUUUAUCCAAGAGGCUCUAGUUGAGAAAUUGGGGUUGUCAUGCGAAAGGUCCAAGAAAUUUAAGGUAUAUAUGGGCAAUGGACAAUACUUAGUUUAUGACCGGCUGUGCAAGGGUGUGGCGUUAGACCUACAGGGAAACAGUUUUGUGGUAGAUUUAUAUGUCCUUCCAAUUUGGGGCCUGGAUGUGGUACUGGGAAUGCAGUGGUUGCGGACCUUGGGCCCCUGUAUUCAUGACCAUGACAAACUGACAAUGGAAUUUCAGUGGAAGGGAAAAACAGUAAGGUUAGCAGGCAGCAGUGAUUUGCCCACUCGCCAAUUAACAUUCACCCAAUUCAGUGCUUUAAUUCACGGCGGAGCAGUGAGCAGCGUGUACAGGGUGGAAACUGUCACAGAGAGAGAGGGGUCGAAUGGGGAGCCGAAAGAGGAUGAACUAGUCCGAUUGGAUGAGUCCUUACCAAGUUUGGGACGUGGGCUCCUCAAGCGGUUUCAAGCCAUUUUUGAAGAGCCAAAACAGCUUCCGCCGAUACGUAAUGUGGACCAUAGAAUACAUUUACAGCCGGGAACGUCUCCGGUGAACGUUAGGCCCUAUCGGUACCCCUAUUUCCAGAAGGAUGUCAUGGAGAAGAUUGUCAAGGAAAUGACGGAGAAUAGGUUCAUAAGGCACAGCAGCAGCCCUUAUUCGUCACCAGUGUUGUUGGUCAAGAAAAAAGAUGGAACAUGGAGGUUUUGUGUCGAUUAUAGGGCCCUCAACGCAGUCACUGUCAGGGAUCGUUUCCCAAUCCCAACCAUAGACGAGCUCCUAGACGAGCUAGGCGGAGCGGUGGUAUUUUCCAAAUUGGAUCUUAGAGCCGGAUACCACCAAAUCCGGAUGGACCGCAGAGACGUGCACAAGACGGCAUUUCGUACGCAUGAAGGGCACUAUGAAUUCUUCGUGAUGCCGUUUGGCUUGUCUAAUGCCCCUUCGACUUUUCAGGCAGCCAUGAAUCAGAUCUUCAAGCCAUACUUGCGGAAGUUCGUGAUUGUGUUCUUCGACGAUAUACUAGUCUACAGCACAAGCCUGGAGGAGCAUGUCCAGCAUUUGGAGACCGUGUUACAGUGUCUCUUGUCUCACAGUUUUUUCGCCAAGGGAAGUAAAUGUCAAUUCUUCCAAAGCUCCAUUGAGUAUCUGGGGCACCUGGUUUCGAAAGAGGGGGUCCAGGCAGAUCCGUCCAAGAUUGAAGCCAUGACAAGUUGGCCACAACCAAAAAAUCUGAAACAGCUGCGGGGUUUCCUGGGACUUACCGGUUACUACCGGAGAUUUGUAGCCCAAUAUGCGACCAUAGCAGCUCCUCUUACUGAGCUAUUAAAAAAAGAUAAUUUCAAGUGGGACGAUAGGGUGACAGCGGCCUUCGAGCAGUUGAAGAAAACCAUGAUGGUGACCCCGGUGCUAUGUUUACCCGACUUCACAAAAACGUUCGUAGUUGAGACGGACGCGUCUAAGGUGGGGAUUGGAGGAGUGUUGAUGCCGGAAAGGCAUCCGGUGGCGUUUUUCAGCAAGAAACUAGGGCCGAGGAUGAUGGCAGCUUCGGCCUACUUGCGUGAGUUAAGAGCGGUAGUGGAAUCCGUGACCAAAUGGCGCCAGUAA